AUGUCCUCCAGGGCUGUCAAGGACAUAAGAGUAAGAGAAAAAGCAACAGCUAUCGAGAUUAGAGUGAUUAAACAAUGGAUUUCUACCAGCAAAGUCCCUGGCAUUAAGAAAAACGAACUGUGUUAUCAGUUUGUUGAUAGAAAUGGAGACGGUAUUGAAGCUACAGCUGAUGGUGACAAAAUAGAAUACUUUGACAAAAUAAUAAGGCUGCAAUCAUGCUACAGGGUUACGGGAUAUGUUUGCACCAAGCCUCGAGACUACAUGGCUACUAUAAACCACCCAGCAUCGCUUAUAAUAGGUAAGAAGGCAAAGUUUGUUCCCAUAGAAAGCGCAGAUAUACCAAACAUAUACUUCGGCUUCGUGAGCUACGAGGUGCUAAGGGGUCUCAUCAAAGUUAACAAAUUGCUAACUGAUUUCAUAGGCCGUGUGGACCGCAAUUAUCUCCAACCAACAGGUAAGAUUUCAGCAGUUAGGAAGGUUGUGUUACGCGACGAGCGUGAUCAUGUUGGAUCUGGCAACAUAGUUGCCAUAACAGCCACUCAAGUUUCAAACUACUAUGGUUCGAUUCAACUCGAGGCUACAUAUUUGACAACGGUUGCUAUCAACCCGGAAAUGCCACAAACUAUCAAGUAUACAAAGAGGCUUAGGGACUUACCACCUGUUGAUCCCAAUGACGAAGACGAUCCGAUAAUUACUGUUCGUGAGUUGACGAUUCCUGACAUUGCUGGGAAAAAGACACCUAACAUGUUAUUCCGCAAUGAUCAAACACAGCACUCUACAAGAUUCAGGUGUGACGCAUGGAUAGAGAAAUUUGACCUGAAUCGUGGAUGGUUUUAUGUACACUGUUCAACCUGCGACAAAACGGUUUAUCCGGAGGAAGACGGAUCAUUGAUGUUCGUUUGCAAGGAUGAUGAAGACAUAACACCCAAGUUCUUGUACUCUGUUAAUGCGAUCAUUAUGGAUGGAACAACACCAACUGAAGUCACGUUCUUUGAUGAGGGAAUGACUGCCCUCCUGAAAACAAGCUGUGAGGAUUUGAUCUUGAAACAUGGCUACACUGAUCCCAAAUCACUGCCACAACAGAUUUCUGACGUUAUAGGCAUUAGGAAAAUAAUGUAUGUCUCUGUUAGAAGGGAAGGUCAUGUCGUAGUCACCAACGUUACAGAUCUCGCUGAGACAUGUGAUGCUCAGGGAAGCAGUGUAGGAACUCUAGCAUCAGCAGUGCCUCCAACAACUCCAGACCCAAAAGUUAACAUCAACAAGCGUUCUCAUACUGAUUCACCAGGUAAAGAAAAUACGAUUUAG